AUGCCAUUUGUACAUGCUACUCAGUCUUCUUGAAACAUGGGUGAAAAAGACAACGAUAAGUACAACCAAGCUAAUCAAAUAUUUGAAAGCUUUGUUCAAGCUCAAACAUGCAAAGGUUCGAUACAGGCUUUUAAUAUUCUCACUCGCCAUCUUGAAUUAGAUCCUUUGGACAACAGGAACUUUUAUGCCAAACUUAAAUCAAAAGUGACCAGCUGGAAAGCCAAAGCUUUGUGGAAUAAGCUAGAUAAAAGGGCAAGCCAUAAGGAAUAUAAACGUGGAAAAUCUUGUACAAACACAAAGUGUUUGAUUGUUGGAGGUGGUCCCUGUGGCUUGCGAACCGCCAUAGAACUUGCCUUUCUUGGAGUCACAGUCGUCGUCGUAGAAAAGCGAGACACCUUUUCAAGAAACAAUGUACUUCACCUCUGGCCAUUUACAAUUCAUGAUCUUCGAAGUCUGGGAGCUAAAAAAUUUUACGGGAAGUUUUGUGCGGGAUCGAUUGAUCACAUUAGUAUUAGGCAACUUCAGCUUAUUCUCUUCAAGAUUGCACUGCUGCUGGGAGUUGAAAUCCAUGUGAACUUAGAAUUUGUGAAAGUUUUGGAACCUCCUGAAGAUCAAGAAAAUCAAAAAAUAGGUUGGAGAGCUGAAUUUUUCCCAAUGGAUCAUCCUUUAUCAGAAUUUGAAUUUGAUGUAAUAAUUGGAGCUGAUGGCCGAAGGAAUAGUUUGGAAGGUUUUAAAAGAAAGGAAUUUCGUGGAAAGCUAGCUAUCGCCAUUACUGCCAACUUUAUAAACAAAAAUACCACUGCAGAAGCCAAAGUGGAGGAGAUUAGUGGUGUUGCUUUCAUUUUUAAUCAAAAAUUCUUCCAAGAUUUAAAAGAAGAAACAGGAAUUGACCUAGAAAAUAUUGUUUACUAUAAAGAUAGCACACAUUACUUUGUGAUGACUGCAAAAAAACAGAGCCUUCUGGAGAAGGGUGUCAUUAUUAACGAUUUUAUUGAUACUGAAAUGCUACUGUGUGUGGAAAAUGUAGACCAAGACAAUCUAUUGUCCUAUGCAAGAGAAGCUGCCGACUUUGCGACUGAUUAUCAAUUGCCUGCCUUAGAUUUUGCAAUUAAUCACUAUGGACAACCAGAUGUGGCCAUGUUUGAUUUUACUUCUAUGUAUGCCUCUGAAAAUGCUGCAUUAAUACGUGAGAGGCAUCGACAUCAACUGUUGGUUGCUCUUGUUGGAGACAGUUUAGUAGAGCCUUUCUGGCCAAUGGGUACUGGCUGUGCAAGAGGAUUCCUAGCUGCAUUUGACACAGCGUGGAUGGUGAAAAGCUGGGCACAAGGAAAGUCCCCUCUUGAUAUCCUAGCAGAAAGGGAAAGUAUUUAUAGACUCUUACCUCAGACAACACCUGAAAAUAUCACUAAGAAUUUUGACCAAUAUACUAUUGACCCUGCCACACGAUAUCCGAAUUUGAACUCAAGUUGUGUUCGACCUCAUCAGGUGAAACAUUUAUAUAUUAAAAAUGAGCUGCAGCCGUGCCUACUAGAAAGAGCAAAUACCGUUAGAAGAUCAAUUGGCCUUUCAAAACGUGAAUAUGACAUACAGCCCAACAAACUUUUAACCUGGUGUCAGAAACAGACCGAAGGAUACAAGAACGUGAACGUCACAGAUCUCACCAGUUCGUGGAAAAGUGGCCUUGCCUUAUGUGCAGUUAUACAUUGCUUCAAACCUGACCUCAUUGACUUUGAUUCCCUGAAUGAAGAAGACGCAGUCGAAAACAACCAGCUAGCAUUUGAUAUUGCUGAACGUGAAUUUAGAAUUCCUCCUGUCACAACUGGGAAAGAAAUGGUAUCUGCUGGAGAGCCUGAUAAACUCAGUAUGGUCAUGUAUCUCUCAAAAUUCUAUGAGCUAUUUAGGGGGACCCCUCUGAGAGCAGUGGGUACCAUGGUAAAGCAAAAUGGAGAAAGAAUUGAUCCUUGUUCAACAAAGUCAUCCAAAUUCUGCUGUAAUAAUUACAUAAACUUGACAUUUCCAAGGAAGAGAAUACCAAAAGUGGAAGAAAAUGAAACCAGUAAAAGGCGACGCAAAAGUCUCAUCAGUUUUGAAGAGUCUUCAAAUCAUUUAAAUCAAGAAAGAAAUUCUAGUAAUCGAUCAAGGGAUUUGAAAGGAACAAUAAAUCGAAACAAAGUGAAAUCAAUGGCAACACAGCUCUUAGCCAAAUUCGAAGAAAAUGCGCCCAACGUUUCAUUAAGGAGACAGGAGCCGGUAAAUAGACCAGGCUUGCUUCUUUCUUCUGAAUCUCCUAUAAAUCCUCGCUUUGCUAAACCUAAGGAGACAACUGAUAAUCUGCCAACUCCACCAAAGAAACAGCCAAUUUCAAAACAGAUAUCCUUUGUUGGAAGAGAGGCCACUGGCUUCCUUUGCGGUGUUUCCCAGUCUCAGGCCAGAACUAAGAUGGACUGCACAGUCAGGAAACCCUUGCAGCCUUUUUCUGGAGAGCAACCAUUGGCCAAGACUUUGAGAUGCAGAGAACCAAGCGAGCCGAAGUCUAGAGUCUCUGAAACUCUUGCCUCUUCCUGUCCUGCUGCCCUUGCACUUUCUGGUGUGCUUCAGCGCCUUCAGGAUGUGGAGGAAAAAAUUAAUCAGAAAAAAGCUCAGUCCGUAGCCAAUAGAGAAUUUCAUAAAAAGAGCAUUAAAGAGAAAGCCGCUCACCUGGCCUCCUUGUUUGGUUGUGUUGACAUCCCUAAGAAUCCACUUCCUACUAAAGGUCUCUCUCAUUCUCAGCUCCCAUCUCCCGCUUGUCUGCCAUCUCAUGAUUCAGCUGUUUCCUCUUCAUCUAUAAACUCUGCUUCCCCUGCUAUUUUUUCUGAAAAGAUGACAGUAGGGAAGGUGUCUCAUGGAAUAGAUGCUGUAGCACAAAUCCUUGUCAAUCUAUACAGGAAUGAUCACAAGCCUAACCCAUUACCUGCAUCUUUGCAAUUGGGAUCUUUGAAAAGAGAAUUUCCUCAGACAAUAGGUGGAAGUGAAACCUGCUAUUUCUGUAAGAAAAGAGUUUAUGUCAUGGAACAAUUGAGCGCGGAAGGCCACUUCUUCCACCGAGAAUGCUUCAAAUGUGUCAUAUGUGCGACCACUCUCCGCCUAGCUACAUAUACCUUUGAUGCAGAAGAAGGUAAUUUUUACUGCAAGCUUCAUUUUGCACAAUGUAAAACAAAGAAUAUGCACAGAAAGAAGAGAGUGGAAAUAAAGGAGGAAGUGGGAUUUCAGAAGCAUCAAGAACCCAUGUGUGAAGAAACUAGCUCAGAAAGUGCUUUUGCUACUAGUAGCAGUUCAGAAGACCGGUCGCCAGGUAUCCUGCCUUCAUUCUUUGGGAAAACUCUAUGCUGGCCUCUUAAGGUGACCAGGGAUCUGCUUGACCUUCCAAGACGCCUCUCUAACUGGAUGCAUGGUUUCCUGCACGCAACCAGACUUCAUUUCAGGGACAAUGCAUACAACUAUAUCUACUUGUAUGAACUCCUAAGCUUUAGCAUGCCAUUCUUUUUUGUGCUUCAGGAGUUACUUGGCAAUUUUUAUGGGGAAGUGGAGUUGUCAUACGAGGAUAUGCUUGAAGUGGUGAAGAAAUUUUUCAAGCUUGUAUUUCGUCCAGUCAAGGACGAGAAUGUAAGAAAAAAGUUGAUGGGAGAACCAGAAAAGAAACUAGAGUCAGAUCUAUGUGAAACAAGGGAAAGAUCUUUAGAGUAUUACAACUGUCCAGUAGAUGGAUCCAUGUCUCUGAAGAAGUGCAAGAAUAUUCCCCAUCUUGACUUGGGAAGUUCCUUGGCCUCUUCUGAAUGGACUUUGGUCAGACUAACCCCAGAAGAAGAAAAAGCUCAUCACAAACUUCUGGCAGUUCAAGUCGUGGUAACUAGUGAUGGAAGCAGCUCAGAACUAGAAUCUGAUCUGUCUGGAAAUUCAGCCAUUUGUGCAUCCUCAGAAGAAAUGUUGCCAUUGCCUAAGCCCAUUUGGAAUUGUCUAUCAUCUUCAAAGAGAUCUCCACUGCUCACCACAAAUUUGGAGAAGGGAAAUGAUCGCCUUGAAAAAUCCAAAGCUGCUAAUGCAUUACAACGAGCCUACAGUCUUCGUGACCCUUCUUCAUCAAAAAAAUAUCAGAACUGGAAAAAGAAAAUUCAAUCAAAUUUUCCUCUUUUGUACAACAAGAGAAGUGGACCAUCUUCAAAGGAUGCUUCUGCCAGUCUUCAGCAAGAGUUUGAGGAGAGUUGCUUUAAGACAGAGCUGACAUAUCCCAACAACAUUCCAGAAACGAAAGCACAUUACUAACCUCACAGCGCAGAAUUUCACUCCAAAGAAAAAAACACAAAGGAACCUGGAGAAAUUCCUUCCUACCUUCCUCAUUACUGCUACGUUCCUCAUUACUGCUAUGUAGAUAGCUAUCUAGUGGCACCUAGCGAAUCCCUUUCUCAUGCUGAUUGGGCUACCAUUCCCAGUUCUCCUAAACCAGGCAUCAACCACUGUGGUUCUGAUGAACAAUAUUUAGGAAAUGAGGCAGUAAACAGUCAGCAACUGACUUCAAGACUGUUUACAAAAAACUCAGACACAUCCUCCUUAAACCUUGAUGAAGGAGAUAAAAUUGCUUCGGCGCCUGCCAAGGUACAGCAAGACAAACCCUUAAACAAAGCUAAAAGUAAAAUAAUGAGGAAGUUAACCCGUUCUCCGAAGAAUUCUCAACCAGAAGGGACAAGAAUUGCUCACCAAGGCCAAGGAAUUCCGGGGACAAAGAAUCAGUGUUUUAGUAGAGAUGAACACAUUCCAAAGCAAGCUAGUUAUGCUAGGUCUCCUGGAUUCUCAGAUAACCUUUUGCCAGUUUGGGACCCUGAGCAGCAAUUUCCAAAAUAUGUUGCUAAAUGUCCCAUUGCUGCUCAGCCUAAACUGUCACUGAAGUUAAUGGCUAAUGUCAUUAGAAAAUCCAUAUUAGAAGGUCUGGAAAAAAGCCAGGAUGUACAUACCAAACUUUCUCCGGAAAAUGCCUUUAAUUUCUCUCAUAACCUGGCUCAUCCUGAAAAUCUGAAAAACACUAAGUAUCAGGAAGACUCCAGUGCGCAAAUGCAAGAGUUAUUUAUGUUGAAUACUACAGAACAAGGCCUUGAACCUAGGAGUUCAGUUAUCUCUAAUUUUUCCGGUUCAAUUGAAGAUUUUCGGUAUGAUGAUAGAAGCUCAUAUUUUCCAAAAUACGAUGUGCAUCUGACAUCAUCCAGAGGUACUCGCCAUGGACAUUCUUACUCUAAUAAAGUUGAUGUUCCCACGCUUUUAGAAAGAUUUACCCUUAAAGAAAAUGCUCGGAAGUCAUAUAUUGAUUGUAAUGAAAAGAACAUGCUGCAUCCAUCUUCAAGGCACACAAAGAAAAGUGAUAACGCUAUACUAGAUGGUCCAGUUCAGAGGAACAAUAUGUGGAAUCUGUUCAGCAAUUUGAGGAAUAAAGAAGAUGACAGCAUUAAAAGCCCUUUGUUAAUGCCAGCUGUGUCUCCCAUUACCAUCUUUGAUGUUGAUAAAGUACUAAGUGAUUCUUCCAAAGGAGAAUAUUUGGGAUCUAAAGGUCUACCUGCCAGGAAACAAGCAACAACUGGCUAUUACUCAUCCUCCUCUGAUGGCGAAUGGGAAUGUAAGCCUUCACCGCAACCCUUGGUUAAAAGUAAUCUUAGAAGGAACAAAAAGUUGGCAAAAGAAACAAAGCAACUGGUUAAACAAAAACAAAAGGAACUAAAAAGACUUCACAAAGCACAGGCUAUCCAACGGUUAUUGGAAGAAGUGGAAGAGCAACAGAGAGCUCUUGAGGUGUAUGGUGUUCAGUUGGAGCGGGAACUACGAGGAGAAUCAGAGUCAAGGAUGCAAGAUGAAUCUGAAUUAUUACAUGAAUGGUUCGAACUAGUACUGGAAAAGAACAGAUUAAUGCGCUAUGAAGCUGAACUCUUGACCAUAGCCAAAGAUAUAGAACUAGAAGAUCAUCAGACUGACUGGAGAAGGACCGAGAUAGAAAACUAACUAUUGAUGAUAAAGUAGAUGUUUAAGCAGGGCCUAAUUGAUGAAUAAGGAACAUGAGAAAAGAAAAGAAGAACGCUAACAGUAUUUUCUGGAACAAACAGGAAGUUUCAAUAAGCCAAAGAACUAUAUUGUAUAAGUUUAUAGUGCUUGACAAAUAUAAACACGGAAGGAUGUAUACAGUUCCUAAUGGUGAGAAUACUAAACCACUGGAAUAGCUUACCUUUGUGGGUGCCCCAUCACUGGAAGCUUUCAAGAAGAGAUUGGACAUCCAUUUGUCUGAAAUGGUAUAGGCUCUUCUGCUCGAGCAGCGGGUUGGACUAGUAACCUCCAAGAUUACUUCCAACUGUUAUUCUAUGUUAUAAAGUUCUCAGAAAAUAAUUGUCCUUCCAGCAUAAUACAUUGUAAUGUAUGAUCACAAUGUAUGCUGUCCAGAGUCACUUGUGGAAAUGGGGGUGGGAGGUGGGGCUUAUAGAAAUCAAAUAAAUAAGGAUCAAAAUCUUAUUGCACAGUACAACUAUAAGGGAAAGGAAUAAUGUUCCAAUUGGUAAUAUAAAAAUAGCACUGGCCUUUGUGGAAAAAGAAUGACUGGGCCUUAUCUAAUACAGUUCCACUGAGGAAGCAAUAGUAGAAUGGUUUUUGUGUUCUACUUCCUGGAUUUUUAAUUCUAAGAAUACUUGAUAGUUACAAAUUGCAAUACUGUUUUAGUUUUCCUUAAAAGUUUCUCAUUUCGAUCCAUGUUUCUCAUUUGUAAACUUACCUUGUUGAUGGAUGAUCAACAAGGUCUUUCAGUGAUUGAAAUAUGUACCACUACAUACCACUUAUAGGGACGUGGUGGUUUAGUGGGUAAGACGCUGAGCUUGUCGAUAGAAAGGUCGGCAGUUCAGCGGUUUGAAUCCCUAGUGCCGCGUAACAGGGUGAGCUCCUGUUACUUGUCCCAGCUUCUGUCAACCUAGCAGUUCGAAAGCACAUUAAAAAUGCAAAUAGAAAAAUAGGGACCACCUUUGGUGGGAAGGUAACAGAGUUCCAUGGGCUUUGGCAUUGAGUCAUGCAGGCCACAUGACCACGGAGACGUCUUCUGACAGCGCUGGCUCUUUGGCUUUGAAACGGAGAUGAAAACGCCCCCUAGAGUCGGGAACGACUAGCACAUAUAUGCGAGGGGAACCUUUACCUUUACCUUUAAAUACCACUUAACAUUUUAUAUGAAUUCUUGAGGUGGAGGAUGGUAUCCUUGUGAUUGCAAUUCCAUUGUAACUAUGAACAGUUACAAUUAAUUAGAAAUUAUACUGUAUAUGUAUAUUGUAAAUAAAGAACAAUAAUGGAAUCAGUGUGCUGUUAAGCAAAUGCAAUUUAUAAGGUGUUUGCAAACUAAAAGUCACUAUACAUAUUAAACUUCAAGACUAUGGUAGAUAUUUGUACUUUGUACAUUGUAAUUUAAUAUAUAAGUGUUUAUUCUGAACAAGAUGUAAAGAGAUUAAGUGGGCUAUUUAUACUGAAACAAAUAAUAAAAAAGAUAUUGGUUUACUCUAAAUGUUAUUUUUG